CAACAGUGAGGCGAGGCCGUCGUCUGCAGCUGACUGGGAACAACAUUAAAACUGCAGUCCAGGAUGACAUCCAGGCGCACAGCGGCCUCCGAGGCUGCUCUAGUUCCACUGCUCCUGGGCAGGCAGAGAUGCAACAUCACUUUUGUCGUAGACAAAUCAGAGAACAUGAGAGCUGUUCUGGGGUCAGUGAAACGCGUGCUGAUCCAGACGCUGCUGACAAAGGCCUCACUCAGGAACUCUCUCUUCAACAUCGUGACAUUCUCAGGCAAGCUGACCUGCUGGUCCCACCACAUGCUGCCCUGUGCUCCUGACACAGUGUACAUGGCUCUGUCCUGGAUCCACUCCAUCAGCUGCAGCCCCGGCAGGGAUCUCCUGCCCGCCCUGACCACGGCCCUCACCGACCCCGACUGUCACGCCAUCCACGUGCUCUGCACGGGCCUCCCCGACCACCCGGAGGCCGUGCUGACAGCUCUGCCUGCCCUGGCAGCUGGAAGGCCUUUGAACAUCUUCUACCUGCAGGACUCUGGUGGACAAAUGGACAUCAACACGCGAGACUACCUGCAGUGUCUGAUGCAGACCACAAGGGGGAGCUGUUAUGUGAUUCCAGUUGGUUUGAAUGGAGUGCUGGAAAAGGCGAUUCCACUGUGUGUUGGGGAGAACCAAUCGUCUGUGCCAGCAGGCUCUUGGAUGAAGUGUUGCUGUCCUUCCACUUCAGUCUUACUCCCACACAGCACGUCGUCCCCUCUGUUCAGGUGCAGUCUGGGUAAUCCUCUCUGCUCGGUAACCUCCUGCGUGCUGUCUGAUCAAACUCGCAGUCCAGAGUUCUUACCAGGAUGCAGAGUGUUGGCUAGGAGGGAGGUGGAUGGCCUCUACUACCUGGGCACAGUAAUACAGCAAGUACAGGGCCGCGGAGGAGUUUGGCUCGUCGAGUUCGAUCACUCGGGGAGCUCCAGUUUGGGUGCCGCGUCCUCCCGCAGGCAGCUGGUUUGCUCCUUCGACAUGGUGAACCACACCAGGGCUCACCUGCGUUGUCUGGUCCCUGGUGACGCGGUGCUGUCGCCGUGGGAACCAGAUCUGAGGAGAUAUGGGCCGGGGAGAGUGAUGGCUGCCACAGAGCACAGGGAUGGUUGUGGAGUUGAUGGUGUUUCGGGUCUGCGGGUGCUGAUGUGGAACAGCUGCGUGUCUCUGGUUCCCAGCGGUCUGGUUUUGCCCAUUUCAGCUUACCGACAUGACAGGAUAGUCAGGGAGCUCCAGAUCACGACGUCGGCCUCCACUCGUUGUUGCAGCUGGCUUUGCCCUCGCAGCUCCUCCUGCCCUCCACGGCUAUUCUGCUGCGACUGCUGUUCAGUCACAAACCACCGGCCGUACUUUUCUCCGCCCAGCUGUGGGUCCGGCGGCGGGAGAACGGAUGCAUUUGAGAGGGCAGAGCACAAUACAGAUGGGAGGAAGAGUGAGCUUGAGGCGUCCUCCUCGUCCUCCUCUUCAUCUCUUUCUGAGGAUGAGACCAGAGUGACGUUUCCUCCUGCCGUGAAGCUGAGGAGUAAAGAACAGCGUCCGCCCUGGAGGUACUGGAGAAGAACUGGACCGGAGCCACAGUUCAAACAGCCAGGGAGUGCAGUGACGAGAAGGACAUCACACGCUGCAAGGAUUGACCUCCCUGUCCCACAGAUCAGUGCCUCGCCCAAUCACAGCUCUCUGUUUCAGUCACUUCCUGAUGCUAAAGGAAGAAGAGUGACCAUCAGAGAUGUUUUUGGAACGGCCAACUUCAAACCUCGACCGCCAGUGGGACUGAGGCCUUUCUCUGGCCACAACACCACUACUGUUUACACAUAACA